AUGUCUUCUGACCUAGAAACAACAACGUCUAUAAUUACAUUUGUCAGUGCGUUACUCUCUGUUCUAAGCGGCUUCGCCAUUCUGUGGUCGUACCGACAGUUUCCAGAGACACAGAACUACACAAGAUACCUCCUGGUCUGUCUCACAGUUGCCGACAUAUCUACGGCAUUUGGUAAUUUUAUUAGUACAUUUAGGUGGUUUAGCAUUGGAAUCACGGACGGAAAAACCGAUGCUUACUGUGCAGCCCAAAGUUUCAUUACAACGACUUCAACUUUGAGUUCGUUUUUCUGGACGACAGCCAUAGCAAUUUACCUGUUCUGUGCAGUCGUAUUGCGCAUCAACAUUGCUGAGAAACGCCGCGCACAGGUUCUCAUGACAAUUAUUCCUGUACUUGUUCCAGUGACAAUCACAAGUGUUGCUUUGGCUUACGAUGUCCUUGGCGAGGACGAUUAUAAUGGAAGUGGACCCUGGUGCUGGAUAAAACAAAACGCAAGUCACCAGAUCAUGUGGAAGCUUGUAACCGGCAAGGCCUGGGAGGGAACGACGUAUAUCAUUACGUUGGUUAUAUAUGUCCUGUUAAAGUUCUUCAAAUGGAGAGAGAAUCGUCGAAGUAACAGACAGUUUAGGUGGAGUAAUACGGAUCCCCGUUUACGGGACGCUGACAGCAUCUUUGAGAUAUCCUGGUUGUUUCUACUCGUUGCGCGGAUUUGGGGGACAUUAAGGUUUACUUUACAGACAGCCAACAUCAGCCUUGGUACCGGUAUGAGUAACGCAUUUCUUUAUAUGCAGUGUAUCGGGGACAGCUCACAAGCUUUCUGGAAUUUUCUCUUCUUUUUUACACUCGAUUCGGAACUGCGGACGCGGGCUUGUCCAGGAAGAUGUCGCUCAAGAAGAGAUCGCGAAAGAGAUCUGAACAACAGAGCGUUUAGGACCGCAGAACAAGCAUGGCAGAGUUUAGGACCACAGAACAAGCAUGGCAGAGAGUUUAAGACCACAGAACAAGUAUGA